CUUUAUAGCUUCCUUCACCUGUUAUUAACUAAUGUCAUCUUCUUCUUCUUCUUCAUCAUCUUCUUCAGGAGAUGGCAAUGGCAAUGGUGGUGGUGGAGGUUAUCAGGGUGCAAGAAGAGGGGGUGAUUUCGAAGGGCCUUCAUCGUCUCGUCAACGUGGCAUUGGUGAAAUCUGGCCUGAGCCAUUUGUGGAGGCUCUGGCAGCCCAUGUGGCCAUUGAUGCUUCUCGCAAUAUUGGUCGUCUCGCAGCAGCUACUGCUCUUACCAAUGUCUUUCGGGUAUGUUCCACGUGGCGUGCUGUCUCUCGUUCUGAUCUCCUAUGGCGCCGCCUAACUCGACACAUAUGGGGCCGGACCCAUCUCAUGCAUGCAACAUGGAGAGAUGAGUACAUCUAUCGUCAUCGCACGAUGAAUAAUUUUCGAACGGGUGGAUAUACCCACACUAUUCUUCACUUCGACCCGUCUGACGUGGAUAGCCCGGAUGGACUGACGUGUCGUUGCCUCACGCUCUCUGACCUUUACUUGGCAUGUGGGUUUGCUGAUGGAACAGUUCGUCUGUUCUCGCUGGCUACUCGUCUCCACGUCAGCACCUUCCGGCCCGGCCAUCGCGAUAUCUUAGGCCGGUUCUCGCGUGCUGUGUCAGGCAUAAUCAUCACGGACGCCCAACUAGUAUUCGCCACGCUGGAUGGAGACAUCCACGUGGCGAAUAUAAAUGACGUGGCGAAUCCGCCACGUAGGGCUCACUUUGGUAGGGUGAUGGAAGACGGGGUGCUGGUAGACUUCACGGGCUGCGAAAGGUACUGGGUGGGGUUGUAUGCAGGGCUAGCGGGACGGGCGUUCCACAUCUGGAACGGUCAAACUGAAGAACUCACAUUUGUUGGUGGCGAUUUGACCGAUCAAAACACAGUGAUGGGUUGGAGAAUGUUGGCUGAGUUCACUGAGUUCGUAGGACGAGUGAGAGUGACGACUCAGGAUUCAGCUGUGGCAUGCACGAGUUCACGUGUCAUGGUUUUCGAUUUAAGAAACCAAGGGGUGAUAUUGAGUGAUCAAGAGUACCCGAGAGGGGUAAUUGUCACCUCGGUUGACGUUAACAGUGAGGCGUAUAUUGUAGUGGAUGGUCGUGGGUUAGCUAGAGUAGUCAGGGUAGACACGUUAGAGGAAGUGCGUAGGUUUAGCGCAAGGAGUGGUCAAAGAAACGUAAUGGGUUGUAUGAACUUAGGAUACGCGCUAAUGUGCGUAGGGGGUGUGGUAAGGGUAUGGGAACUAGAGGAAGGAGAGUAUUUGUACAGGCUUAGGGAGCGAAUAGGAGAAGUGAACGCUUUUGUGGGAGAUGAUAGACACGUGGCAGCGUCAAGUGAGACGAAUAUACACUUGUGGGAUUUCGGAGCUCAGUAGGUGAGAGGUAGGGAUAUGGGCAUCGGCAUUGGCAUGGGUAUGGGUAUGGGUCUGGUUUAGUAUGAAGUUGGAAAAAGAAAAGAAAAUAAUAAAAGAGAAUCUGGGUCAGGAGGGAUUAACUUUGUCUCACUAGAGAUAUCGUACUUUUAAUUUAGAAAAGAAUUAGUAUUAGUAUUUAAUUAUGAAAUUGAUUUGAUAAAGGUGUUUUGACUGAGUAUCUAGGGAACUGGUUUCGUUUAUUUGUUGAAGAAUUGUACAGUUCCCAUCACAAUUACUAGUUUGACCCACCUUUCUCUUCACGUGAUGUUUUCUACCUGCUUGCUUAUUAUUAACUUGUUUCUUUUAACAAUAGAAUGAGUCAAAAAGGAAUAAAUAUUAUUCUCAGUAAGUUUGUGUAGUACCUCACGCAAACUGUACUUUGACUAAUUAAAUGAGAAAUUUCUGAACUACCUGCACUUUUUACGUGAGCUGUAAAGGCACUGCAAUUUCAGCCAUAGGUCUGGGGCACUCUGCGUUGAUACCAC